AUGGCUACCAGGCUGCCCGCCGAGCUGCUGAACCUCGUCAUUGACUACGCUGUACCACCGCCGACCCAACAAGGCGGACCCGCGCACCACAAAGCUUGCGAACAACUCUCGCUCGUUCACAGGACUCGGACACGACAGGCGCAGCGCCAGUUGUACAGCACCUUCUACGGUUCGUGGCCUCGCCCCGAUCCUCCUUACGAGCUUGAAGACGCAGAGGUCCGCGAUCUCGUCAAAUGGCGGAAGGAACGCUCUCUUGCGUGGGUGGAACAGGCUGGACGACUCAGCGUCGAAUCGUGGUCGGCCGUCUUGCGCAUACGAGCAGAGUCGCCAAGCUACCGUGGGAAGAAGCACCCGGACCGCGGCAUCGAGUACGACUGGUUGGAAUUCGCCCUUCCGCCUGCUGUACUGCGUGAGGUGCGCGCCGUCCUUGUCGACGCAGACAGCCACGCCUACGGCUUCAACGAGCUCAAUCCGGACGACUACUCCUCCCUCGUCUCGCUUUCCGUCCACUCCGGCGAGAUUCCGCGAGCGCUGUCACCUGUCGGGACAUCUCACCUCACACGCCUGGAGUUGACCGACAUGCGCUUCGUCGACUCGACCUGGCCGGCCGCACUACCGAACCUGCAGACACUCGUCCUUCGCUUCUGCGCCCAUGAACGAUCGACGCUCCCCUUUGGCCCUCGACACGCUGUUCAACGUCUUCGUCGAGCAUACUUGACGGAUCAACUGUUCGACUUUGCACCGCAACUUCGCAACCUCGCCAUCAUCGACUCGAAAACCGACAUCUCGCGGCCCGACGCACUCGGCUGGAUGCGCAAGACCCCCGCCACGCUCGAGCGCCUCUUCCUAUCGACGCACAACCAUCUCAGAACUGCUCAGGUGUCGAUGCUCCUCGCAGCUCUUACCGAGCAACUCGCCCAUCUCCCCCGGCAGAUCUGGCUGCAAGCCUUCAACGACGUCCUUUUUGAUCACUCGUGGAUGGACUUUGAGGGCAAAAAAGCGGAGGAACUCGUACGACGCUGGGAUCCCUCGAACGAUGCGUGGCCUCGGCUGGCGCUGUAG